GGCAGUUUGGUGUUCUUGUGUUUGCUUUGGCACUCUGUGGUGACUUAUUCACAUGUUACGUUUAAAUACAUUUGACCUGGUUUUCCCUCUAAACUCAGCGUUUGGGAGGAAAUGUAUCUUAAUAGUUGGUAUUUGAUUAUAGGCUCGUAGCAGAGAGUUAAAGCUCUGUCGUCAAACAGAUGACGUUCCCAGGUCAUAAUCCUCACCUGUUUAAUUGGAGGAAGCUCGGCAAGAGUGAAACAACUGCACACAAGAUAUAUGUGAAAAAUGGCGAUAUCGAUCAGUGGAGGAAGCGUGUGGAGACGGCUUCAGAGUUGGCUGUAUCCGAAGUCUUCUCCCAAAAGAAACCUCAUUCAGGCACCAACAGCCUCCCCGUGCCUCUGCAAAGCUCUGACCAGUUAAGAGACCAUGAUGACGCUUACAGUGAAGCUCAGGCUCUUCUUAGUGAUUGGCUGAGCAGUAAGUUGCGUCUGCAGCUGGAGCUGGAGGAGGAGGAGGAUGACAUGAUGUGCUCUGCUGGGACGAGAAGCCCUGUUGCAUUGGCUAGACCUCAACCUGCUGACCUGAAAUACAACAACUUUGAUGAUCUAUACAGCCUGACAGAGGAAGAAGAGCAGAGCGCUGUUAGCAGCUUCCUUCAAGACCUGAUGGAGCGGGAGGCGCUGGACUCUGAGAUGAUGGAGGAACUGGCUCUAGAUGUAGGACAAACAAGGAAGAGGUUCAGAGACCCGAUUGUGACCAUGGAAGCUCGACACUUGCAGGUGCGGGAGAAUAGGGCGCGGCGGGAGGCUGAGAGGCACAGGCAACAGAGAGCGAGGGAGGCUCAGCGGGGGGCCAGAGAGGAGGCUAAGAGCAGGGAACAAGAAGUGGAGAGGAGGAAGAAGCAGGAGGUGCGGAGGCAGGAGGAGAUGGUACAGCAGGAGAUGUUGAGGCUGCAACGUCAGAGGGAGGAGAGGAGAGGCCUGGAGCAGUUGGUUCGACAGAGGGAGAGGGAGAGAGUGGAAGGGCAGAGGGCAGCAAGAAGCCUCCAGUCAGCUCCUCCACUUCCUUCAAAACAGCAGCAGGGGGACACAGAGCAACUACAUAAAGAAGAGAAAAUUAUGACCAAGGUUCACAUGCAUGACCUCAAGUGCCUGCAGAAGCAUUUCUCUGGAUGGUAUUCUGUAGUGUUGGAUCGAAGGCUGCGUUUGGGUAAGGCCAUGGCCCUCUGUGACUGGAAGAGGCAACUGAGGGCAUGGCGAGCAUGGCGGGCAGUUUUGUGGGCUCAGCAAAGGCAGCGAGAAGUGGAAAGGACAGAGGAGGAGCUACGAGCUGAAAACAGACAAUGCCAGCGGGCUGCAGAGAGUGACAGGAGGCGGUUGUUACGACAAUGUCUGAAUAAUUGGCAUCUAUGGUGUCGGAUGGAGAAGGAACAACGAGAGCUUUUGGCCCAGCAGCAGGAGACAAGACGCAAGAUGACUUCCUUAAUCAAUGCAGCAACAACAGGCAAACUAAAGGCCACAGGAACCCAAAAAUAUCAGCACAUAAUGGCCCCACCUGAGGCUGUAUCUACUGAGCCAGAGAGGACAAAUAAGGAAGAUCACCACAUGUCAGGCACUUUAACCCCUAACACCUCUGCACCACAUCAGAGAAAGGCCCCUGUGGGUGCUCUGACACAGCCCACUCAGCCUUGGCAGGUGACCCGACAUCAUGCAGCACCGAGUGCUGCUGAGCUCCAUGAGGUACAGCGGAGAGGUGAGGGUGAUGGCGUACCCUGUUUAAGAAGCACAGGGCCUCUGGGCAGCAGGUUUGAGAACAGACAUGCCGUCCAGCAGCAGAUCAUCACGCAGCAGAGGAAUCUGCUGAAGGAGCAGCAGGAGCAGAUCACUCGCCUGAAGGAGGAGCAGAGUGUGGUGAGCCUGGAGCUGGACAUGGAGAGAACUGCACAACUUACCCAGCUCUCAAUACUGCGAGGCCACAGACCCAAAAGCCACAGCACUGACCCCACAGAGCAGAGAGCACAGAGAGCUACUGGAGAACCUGAAGGUUUCUGUGCACCUCGGAGGAAAGCUGUUUCACAGCAGAGAUGUCCACAUCCAAUCAUCACGGCCAUGGAGGCUCGUGCACAUCAACGGGCAGAGAGGAGGAAGGAAAUUGAGGAACUGAAAAGGAAGAAGGAAGAGGAAAAACUGGCUGAGAUGAAAGCUGCCGAGGAGCAGAGGCAGAGGGAGGAAGAGGAGGAGAAACACUUAGCAGCAGAGAAGAAGAGAGAGGAGAAAAGGCAGGAAAGAGAGAGGGAAGAGGAAAAAAUUAGGCAACUGAAAAGGCAACAGGAGCUCCUUCAGCUGGCACGUCAACACUACCACAGAAACGUACUUCUACGUCAAGGCCUGGCGCCAUGGAUACGCCUCCUACAGCUCAGACAAUGCAACAUACUGCUGGCAGACCGUCACCACAAUCUCUUCCUCCUGAGGCGCUGCACACAAGGCUGGCUGCAAUCAGCAAGAGAGUCCCUCUCUGAGAGGGAGGCUUCUGCUGACCAACUGUACCAGCACACUUUGCUGCAGAGGGGCUUAAGCUGCUGGAAAAGACUGAAGGACUGGCGGAUGAUUCAAGAAGAGAGAGCGGAGCGUUAUUAUCGCACUUGCACUCUGAGGAGGUUUCUGCUGGCACUGCUGGACCAUGUGAGCCAGGAGAGGCUGCUGGAGUGGGACCGUCAGGAGCUGUCUCAGGAGCACAAUAACAGACGGGUGCUGCGGCGAUGCUUCCUGGCCUGGAGGCAGCUUCCGUGUCAGCUGCGAAAGGAAAGAGAGAAGGAAGUGCGACGGAAGAGGCUGGGCCGGAGAGUGACUGAGGUCCUGCCUGAUUUCUGCUCCCAUCCGCUGUAAAGACAACUGGACACUGGAAGAAACCAUGACUGUCAGAGGAAAACCUCAGGCCCACAUGGACAACGUCUCAGUUACUUAGGAGAGGACACACGUAUGCAAACGUUAAGAAAACACGCUGCAUAUUCCU